CUCUCUCUUUGUCUCUCUCUGUUGAUUAUCGGUUCAAAGCUGACCGGUCAACAUCAGCUGUGAGGCAGCGUAGGAGACGAGGAGGGAGACGAGAAGAAUAACUCCCAGAGAAAACCCUUUCAGCAGGAAUAUGGGCUCUGGUCAGAGCAGCGAAACGCUGCACCUUAACCGUUACCUGAACGGGAAAGGUCCUGCAUCACUGGAACAUCAAGCUGAAGAUGGUGCAGCUGGGGUGGACACAGUAGUGAACGGAAAGAUGACCUGGGAGGUCCUGCACACAGAUCUUCCAGGCUUCCCUAAUGAUGACACGCUGCAGAUCAAUUAUGAGCUCCCUGAUGGUAUCCAAACGAAGAAACACCCUCACCCUGGACAGCCCUAUGGAGGGCUCCAGCUGUGUGCCUACCUGCCAGAGAACCGAGAGGGCAGGCACCUUCUAAAGCUGCUGGAAAAAGCCUUCAGGCAGGAGCUCCUCUUCACUGUCAUCACAAACACUAAAGGACAGGAUGUGAUGACCACAACAUCCAUUCCCCUCAAAACACAACGAAGCAAAGGGAACACCAUUGAAAGCUAUCCAGACCAGGACUACUUGAAGACGCUGAGAAAAAUACUUAAAGAGAAAGGCAUCAAGUAGAACCAAACAGC